AUGGAGGCUCCUAUUGAUUACCAGCCUCCAGUGCCAGCUGGGGAAGAUAUACAGGAUGAGGAAGGAGUCGAGGAACAAGUGCAGUCAAAAGUGUAAGAAUUCAAACGCAAGCAGGAAUUUGACAGCAGCUAUUCCAUCGACAGUAAACAAGAGCAUACAAAAGAUACUAAUACCUGCCGGGGUCAAAACAGCACAGAAUUCGCAGAGCGAAACAUAA